AUGCCCAGCGCAGACGGGCCUUCUAACAUCACCAACCCUAUUCCUCUCCCCGCUGGCCAGACCCCUACCGAUAGCGACCCCCAUGACCAUACUCCACGGCCCAAUUCACAUCUAGAGUCAUGGAGAUUCGAUUCAGCGACUGGUCGAUUUGUUCCUCACACUUUCGAGGGAAAUAUCUUUGGGCGUCCAUCAGGUGCACCCUCCAGCAACGCAGACGGUCCGCAAUCCAACGAGACCAACGACGGUCCUCGCGUUCCAGAAAUCAUUCUUCAAACCUCGACGGACAUUAGCGUCCACGGUCCAGAUGGCCAACAACUACCACCUGAAGCAUCUCAAUUUCUUCUCAGAAUGCUUGGUUCGAUGGGAGGCGGCCAAUCGACCACUAAUGGUCCGAGCCCAGCGCCCAACUCGGCGUCUGGUACUCCCGCAGGCUCAACUUCACCAAAUACUGGUGCAUCUCAAACUACUACCUCGACUGCACCUUCUUCUCAAUCUACGGAACCAAUGACAGAUGGGCCCAAUCCGUCUCGCUCUGGACCCAGCUUCUUCGACCUACUGAGGGAACUGGCCGCGCUUCAAGAACGGCAGACAGAUCCUCCACCGGAUACCCGUCGUGCGAAACAACUUCUUCGUGGACUUCCGGUUGUGUCCCACGGACUCAUUCGACGGCUUCAGCGUGUCGAGACGCUCAAGGCCCGUGCCUUGGCGCAGAAACAAGGAGCGAGUGCCAAAGAAGUAGAAGAGACGGAUAAUAAAUUACUGUGUCUCGUCUGCUAUGAUGCUUUGCUACCGGAGACGGAGCCCAAGCAGACUGGCGACGUAGCAAAUGCAGCAAAAGAUGACGGUAUGAAGGUGGAUGACGAGGAUGAUGACAUGGACCUUGAUGUACCGACCGAUGUCUCGCCCUCAGACUCUAAAGCCAAUCUACCGCUCAAUACAACCGAAAGCAAACCCCCCCUUGUGAACGUGGCUCGUCGAUGGCCGUAUCAAGCAGAGAACGCUCUCAUCGCGCUCCCCUGUACGCACGUCUUUCACGCAACUUGCUUGAAGCCGUGGUUCGAGACGGGCAAGACGACAUGUCCGACUUGUCGGUUUGAUAUCGACCCGGGAAGUGAUUCGCUGGACUUGGCGGAUUGGCUGAGUCCGAGGAGACGUAGGCGUCAACGAGAGCAGCGACAGCGGGAGAGGGAAAGGGAACAGGCGGCGAACGGUGGUUCGAAUACGGAAGAUGCCGCUCAGGAUGGUGCGAAUACCAACACGGCGCCAACGCCGGCUCCUCCAAGUGCGACGCCGACUCUGGGUGGCAAUGAUGAGCACCCGACCGUUGGGGGUCCACCCUCUGGAAUGCCGUCACAGCUUAGCCAAGCGAUUCAGCAAGCCAUGGUCUCUGCGAUUGUACGAGCCAUAGCCGGGGAACGACCUCCGUCUGCACCUGGCCCAACCCCUGCGCAGGCAGAACCGGAUCAGAAUCCAAGCUCGCAAUCGACUUCUACUCCGUCCGAUGCUCCCAAUACGACCGCCCCACCUGCUAAUCCAUCAAAUACGGCUAUUCCGCCUCCACCACCCGGGUUCCCCCUCGAGCUUCUCCAUUUACUCUCUAGGACGGCGUCUCCCGGAUAUCCGAUGGAAGGUGUGAUAUUCGGAGGGUCUUUCGAUAUCUCUCCUGCAACUAAUGGAGACCGUGCAUCGUCACCGACGCCGUCUGGCUCGCAGCGUUCAACCUCUGCGCCACCAUCUGCUCGAACACAACCCACACCUACGAACGCGGGCCCUCAAUCCCCUGCGCCUUCGUUCCCGGCGGCGAACGCGUCUUCGUCUAUCUCUAGUGCAUCGGCACGUCCUGAGCCGAGAGCCCCCUUCUUGAGUGCAGGGCUCGGACCCAAUGGCAUGUCUCCUUUCCGACGACUUUCUUCAUUCCUUUCUAGACCAUUUGGACCCCCUGCGUCAUCUCAGCCAACCUCUUCAACUCCGACUACGGGAUCCUCGACUUCGUCUUUCGCUACGGGUUCCAGACCAUCGACACCAUCUUUCCGACACCACCCAUAUGCUUCGUCGCGACCUUCUAAUCAAGCAAAUAAUCAGACGCAGGCGCAAGAACCCGAGUCGCAGGAGACGUCUGCAAACGGUGGUGCGAGCAAUGGGACGAACGGAAAUCCUCGCGAUGGAUUCAUGACGACGCAUACAAUUUCUUUCACAUUCGAGAUUCCACUUGGUCUUCGUGUCCCUCGCGGGGCCCCUCAGAAUAACGAGGCUACUCCUGGCGCUUCUCAAGACGAGUCAAAUCGUACACAAACAGAGCCUGGCGCACAAGCUCAGGAUGGUCGAGCUCCUCCUGUCUUUGGGUUGCCUCCUGGAUUCCUCUUUGGUGGUCUACCAUUCGGCGCUCCCUUUGGCUUCGGCCCAGUACCACCUUUUAAUCCAUUCGAUCUCGGCGCCGGUCUCGGUGCUGCUCCUGGUGCGAAUGCAGGUUCUUCUCGCGGACGACGUCAGAAGAAAAAGUGGGUCGCUCCCGAGGGAUCGUCGUUGCGCUCCGUCGUCGAAGCCAAGGAGCGUGAAGUUGGUUUACGAUGCGACGACGUCAGCUGUCUAUUUGGACCCGAAGACGAAGACGAAGAGGAUAAUGGCGAGCAAGUGGACAUGGGCGUCAAGCCGGAGAGAGUCUAUCUCAAGAAACCAGCGCAUUCUCAUUCGGACAAGGGAGAGAUGGCGGCAGAGGAACCGGCGUGCACGCAUCGUCUUCACCCAGAGUGCUUGCUUGUCAGCUCACGGAUUGCGGACCCCUUCUUGAAUGAUGCGAUUGACAAGGCGGAUGAGCAUGAUACGCUCGAGGUUGGGUGCCCUAUUUGCCGCACUCGUGGUGUUCUUAGCGUUCCCGAGUGGCGUCGUCUCAAGCGGUUGGCGGAUCAAGUCUAA